AUGGCUCAAGACGAGCACUCUCAAGUCAAACCAAAGCCUUCCCCUCAGCCUAUGGAGCCACGAAUCUCCUCCACGAUUCCCACAACUUCAUGGUUUACACCCAAAAGGCUACUUGGUAUAUUUUGUGUGAUUAACUUGUUAAACUAUGUGGAUCGAGGAGCCAUAGCAAGCAAUGGUGUCAAUGGAAGUAGGGGAACGUGCACUAAGGGGGGUACCUGCACUUCUGGUUCUGGAAUACAAGGGGAUUUUAACUUGAACAAUUUUGAAGAUGGGGUUUUAUCAUCCGCUUUUAUGGUUGGACUUCUUGUGGCUUCUCCAAUAUUUGCCUCUCUUGCAAAGAGGCUAGUUGGUGUUGGGGAGGCUUCAUUUACAAGUCUUGCAGCACCUUUUAUCGAUGACAAUGCCCCUGUUACUCAGUUUGGGUUGGUUGAAGAUCAAUCUGCAAGUAUGAUUGAUGUGAAUAUAUGCUAUCUACCGAAAACAGCAUGGCUUGCAAUAUUCUACAUGUGUAUACCAUCGGGAUAUGCACUUGGCUAUAUCUACGGUGGUUUGGUUGGAAGUAAUUUUGGGUGGCGUUAUGCAUUCUGGGUAGAGUCUUUGUUGAUGCUUCCAUUUGCCAUUUCAGGAUUCUUUAUGAAGCCUUUGCAGUUGAGAGGUUUUGUUUAUUCUGGUUCAGAAAAGGGACUGACACCGGAAGCAGUUGUGUCAGGAGUUCAAGUUAUGGAAGCUUCAAAUGGUAAAGAUGAGCCACUGUCCUUGGAACCAGAGCUUAGAGAUAGAAGCCCUGACGAUCAUUCCAAAUCAAAAUCUUCAACCCAAAUAUAUGAGAAGUUUUCAAGAUUUUUGAAAGAUACGAAAGCACUUUUGCUUGAAAAGGUUUAUGUUGUCAAUGUUCUAGGUUACAUAGCUUACAACUUUGUCCUAGGUGCUUACUCAUAUUGGGGGCCCAAAGCUGGCUAUAAUAUAUAUCACAUGGCUGAUGCAGAUUUGAUAUUUGGAGGAAUUACUAUUGUAUGUGGAAUAGUGGGCACUUUAGCCGGAGGUUUUGUUCUGGAUUAUAUGAAUAACACCUUUUCAAAUGCAUUUAAGCUUCUCUCAACGACUACAUUUAUUGGUGCAGCAUUUUGUUUUGGGGCCUUCUUAUUCAGAAGCAUGUAUGGCUUCCUUGCUCUUUUCUCUAUUGGUGAACUUCUUGUUUUUGCCACUCAGGGUCCUGUGAAUUUCGUAUGUCUGCGUUGUGUUAAACCAAGUUUGAGGCCUCUAUCUAUGGCUAUGUCUACUGUUGCCAUUCAUAUAUUUGGAGAUGUACCUUCCUCACCUCUUGUUGGAGUUCUCGAGGAUAGCAUUAACAACUGGAGGACGACAGCAUUGAUUCUAACAUCAAUAUUGUUUCUAGCAGCUGGAAUAUGGUUUAUUGGAAUAUUUUUGCAUAGUGUGGAUAGAUUUGAUGAAGAAAGUGAACAUCAAGUACCAAGCGUUGAAAGGUCAAACACAAUGCCGUUGCUUCAAGAGAAGACUGGAGCAACAUCAGCGUCUCCUUCUCAGUCCCCAGAACAUUGA